CGAAUGCUUUAUACGAUUGAGGCAUUAUCCGCCUUUUUUUUUAAGUUCCGUUUCUCUUUCGCGUUACAAUUUCACUCUUCCUACUGGAUCCACGUUGGAUCACCUCUAUUUCGUGCUAAACAAAUAUAGCUUGCUCCACUUUAUGAACCGCACAGUACGCAAGCAUCGUCAUCAUAAGGGCGCAGCACAUAAGGACGAUUCGCAAAGUGGACGUUCUUCACUGCAUAUGCACAACAGUAGCACCACGCAGCCUCUUGUACCACCAGAGCCGAUGCCACAGCAUCCGAAUAAACGGCAUCGAACAGUUGGAAGCUCACAUCCUCUUGCCACAGCACCUUUACCUUUUCCAAGUGACGCAUCAGCAACUGAAAGCUCCUCGGAAGCUACAAACACUCAUGAUCAACAGAUUACAAGUGAACCAGCGACAGCGGUGGUAACGACGAUUAUGGCGCUCAACUGGGCAAAAGGACGCGCUGGCUGUGCUUACUAUACUCACGAGUUUCAUGAACUUUACAUGAUGGAUGACGUUGUGGAAUCAUCUACGUUGGAAAUUAUCAGGUCUUUGAUUGACCAAAUUGCGCCACAGACUAUCAUUGUUCCUCAGGAUAGCGACGAGUUAACUAGCUUAAUUGAUGGGCUUCGUGGUGGACACAAUGACAUACAGACGCAGCUGCUGCCGGCCAAAACAUUUGCAUGUGCACACGGACGCUAUAGUUUGGUUUCAUGGUUUAUUCAACAACGCGAAAGCCAUCAACAGCAACAGAAGCAGCAAGCAAAAUCACGGUACCAAGAAUCAGCGACAGUAGGUUCUAUGGAGGCAAGCUCGUCGGCAGAAGGGGCAUCAUUGCCAAUGGCGACAGACGUAUACUGUGACGAUCCACAUGACGGACAAAGAAGACAAGCUUAUCUGCAACUUUCAUGCUACGUUGAUCUCGACAGCCAAGUAUCGGUUGGAUGUGCUGGAGCAUUACUCAACUAUCUUGAACAGCUAGAAGAUACGUCGAAUCGACCUAUUGGAUCCAGAUUUGAUAAUGGAACUUCAUUCCAGGCGCUGCUGCUACGUAGCUUCUCGAGUGAGCAAUGUAUGCAAAUAUCGAAGGAGUCGCAAAAAUCACUUUGCAUAUUUGAGAAGGACCUUCAUCCCAACGCCCAUCAGAAAAGAGGAAAAGAAAGUUUGUCUCUGUUUGGCUUAUUGAAUCAUACUGUAACGCCUAUUGGACAUCAUCUCCUAAAGUCAUGGGUGCUACGACCUAGCUUGGAUAUCAACGUGAUCCGAGCCCGUCAAGAUGCGGUUGGCUAUUUCUCAGCACCGGACACCGUCCAAUUUUCAAAAGAGCUCGGUACACAGCUGAAGCAUAUCAAGAACAUUGCGCGAAUAAUCUCUAUGAUUAAAGAGCAUCGAGCAUCGCCUACAGAAUGGCACCAGCUUCUAGAGUUUGUGUACUAUUCCAUCCGAAUCUACUCUUCAUUCGCAGGUGGAAGAGACCAGACGGACAUAGCCAUCAUUAUGAAGAUUCUGAAUACCAUUGAUACUGGGAUACUACGGAACGUUGGAACAGCAAUAGACGAAGUGUUGGAUUUCCAUCAAAGCAAGAUCGAAGGACGGCUUGUGGUCAAAGAUAAUUAUGAUGCAGAUCUAGAUCACCUAAGGGAAACAUACUCCGGUUUGGAUGCCAUUUUGCUGUCAGUAUCACAAGAAAUCAGCUACAAUAUGUCACCAAAUAUUGCCCCACUAUGCAAUGUUGUGUACUUUCCUCAGCUUGGAUAUCUUAUCACACUACCAAUUCACCUUGAAUACUCUAUUGACCCUCGCUGGGGUUUCGAGCUACAGUUCAAAACAGCUGAGAACCUGUACUUCAAGGAUGUAAAAACGAAAGAGUUGGAUGAAGUGCUUGGUGACAUCCAUGCCAUGAUUAUCGACAAGGAAAUUGAGCUAGUGCAUUACCUUUCAGAUCAAUUGUUGGCUUACUCUCAGAAUCUGUUGGUUAUGGCGGAUGUCUGUGCAGAGUUGGACAGCUUACUGGCGCUAGCAAAGGCAGCAGCACUACAUAACUAUAUUAAGCCAGAAAUGACAUUGGAUAAUCAGCUUGUAAUUAUCCAAGGAAGACAUCCUCUUCAAGAAUUGGCCGUCGACGUCUUUAUUGCAAACGAUACAUACCUCGUUGGAGGAAGAGCAGCGACACCGUCACGGGUUUCUUCUGCUUCAGACAGUAUCACUAAUGCAAACAGUGUUGCGCUCCUGACAGGCGCCAAUUUUUCAGGGAAAAGCGUUUAUCUUCGACAGAUCGGAUUGAUAACUUACAUGGCGCAUAUUGGAAGCUUUGUCCCAGCCGCUCAAGCAAUCAUUGGUAUAACGGAUAAGAUUUUCACAUGCAUCCAGACUGUCGAAACUGUAUCCAAGCUUCAAAGUGCUUUUGCCCUGGAUAUCCAGCAGCUAUCACAAGCGGUUCACUAUGCUACCGAUCGAAGCCUCGUUCUAAUGGACGAGUUUGGCAAUGGAACAGAAAGUACAGACGGCGCCGCUCUACUUUGCGCAACACUGGGUUAUUUUCUGUACAAAGGGAACUUGUGCCCAAAAAUAUUGGCUAUCACACAUUUUCACGAGCUCAUCUCGCGCCAAAUAAUUACGCCAGAAGACAACAGAAUCACUUUUCUCACGAUGGAGAUAUUGAAUGCUCAAGUGACGGGUGAAAACUCGGAAACAAUGGAUGAGGUCGUGUUCUUGUAUAAAGUCGUGCCCGGUUCGCAAGCGCGUAAUUCGUAUGGAGCUUGGUGCGCAAGUAUUGCUGGUGUGCCAACACAGAUUGUCCGUCGAGCUCUGGACCUCUCUAGCAUAAUAUAUUCGGCACAGAUGAUAACGCCAGAAUAUAGCGAGGAAGAAGAGAGAGAGUUCGAAGCUAUAGAAGCUGUGGCACGAAAGCUCAUGCUGGUGGAUAAAGAAGAGGAAACGGAGAAAGCCCUUGUAGAUGAAUUGGUUCAGUUGAUGUUGGAAUAA